AAACUCGGAUUCUUAAAUUUUCAAAACCCCAACAUCUCUUACUUCCAUAUUUCAGUAUUAUCGAUAUAAUUGAUGUUAAUAGGUAACAUAAUAAGUUAAUUGAGUGGCCCUUCACCCUAUGUUAUUAUAUUUAUUACCUUGUAUUAAUUAUAAGAACAAUUUGGUUUUACCGCCGUUUUAUUAAACAGCCGCUACCGGAAGUUAAUAGCGUGUACGAAUAUAUUUUCCUUCAACGAAACGUGGCAUCAAAGUAUGUGUUGUUGGCACUUCUCUCAAAUGUAUCCUCCAGUUCAUGCGGUAGUGAUUGUUUCGUUUUCGUAAGUGACACAAGUCCUGUCGCAUAAAAAGCAUGAAGUGGUACCUAAUAUUUGCAGCUUUUGCUGCUUUAUUGUUCACCACAUAUGCAGAAGAAGAAGAAGAGGCUGCAAGAUUAUUAAUAUCUAAACAACUUCUUAACAAAUAUCUUGUAGAAAAUAUGGACAUUGUAAUCAAGUAUACAGUUUAUAACGUUGGCAAUGCAGCUGCAUUGGAAGUUGAAAUCACAGAUAAUUCGUUUCAUCCUGAUCACUUCACUCAUGUGAGUGGAGAGAUAAAUGCAAGGAUAGAUCGUGUUCCACCUUACACAAAUGUUAGUCACACAGUUGUUGUGAGGCCACGCAAAUUUGGUUAUUUCAAUUUCACAUCUGCAGAAGUUUUAUAUAGACGUAAGGAAGAUGCCCCUAGAUUACAAUUUGCAGCAAGUAGUGAACCUGGUGAAGCAAUUAUUGUAUCAUUUAGAGAUUAUGAUAAGCAAUUUUCUUCACAUGUAGUUGAUUGGGCAGCAUUUGCUGUGAUGACAUUACCUUCAUUAGCUAUUCCGUUUGCAUUAUGGUAUUCUAGUAAAAGUAAAUAUGAAAAGUUACUUAAAACUACAAAGAAACAUUAAUUGUGUACAUUCACUCUAAGUCACGUGAAAGAAUUUUUCUGCUCAUAAUUAUAAGAUACUUGACUGUUCCAUUCUUGUAUACAUCUAAUUUUAUAAUAAACGUUAUUUAUAAAUAACUUA